GUCCGAUCUCCAAAACGUCAACCCUUGCACAACGAGAAUUGUUAUGAAACCUGCCGCUGCCGCACACGCAGUCGGCAAACAACAACCAUUUCUGCAGGAAGCGCAACAAUAAAACUUCCUCCAGCGUAACGAUGUCCAUCAAGGUCGGUGGAGCAUUCCGGCGGUCGGGUGGCAUCGUAUCGGCCAUCGGCAAGCAGCUAAAGUUGGUCAACCUGAAGGGUGUGCAGCGCAUCACGGCCACCUUCGACCCGUUCGACGAGAGUGCCGUUCCAACGAGAGAAUUUGUGCACCAUCUUUCCGCCCCGAAGAUAUCGCAGACCAAUCCAACCUGCCUGCUCAAGACAGAGGUCGUGUGCGAUCGAAGGCCCCCAUCCAUCGUCUUCCAGCUCAUACCAUCGGUGCAGGCUGAAGCAAAGCUGAAAAAGAUUGAGCUGAGCAGCGCCAACCUGUCCACGCUCGAGCUGCUCAAGCUCUGCAACAAGCACGUGAGCGCACUGGCGCCGAAGGAAAUCGCCACCAGCGUGGUCAAGACCAAGUCGGAAAAGAAGGCGGGCGGAGCGGGUGGUGGUGGCAAACGGCGCUAAAAAAAAGGACGUCAGCAAACCAGCUCAUCAAACCAUGCCGCACAAGAAGCUAAAGGGCGGCCACAUGGCGAUCAUCGAGAACUGGUACCACCAGAUACCGGCCUUUACCGACGUGUUUACCGAGGAGAGCUUCUACAUGUUUGCCGUCUGCUUCGUGCUGGCCACCAUUGCCGUCGUGUUGGUGCUGUCCCGGUUUAUCACGCUGAAGCCGGUCGAUUAGUCGAUUGUUUGCUAAGGUUUUUUUUUUUAAUGAAGACAUAAGGUGUAAGGUGAUGACUGAAGAGGCGGAGCGGCGGAAGCAAGAAACGAUGUAAGUAGAGAUAGUAGCAAUGAUAAAGGCACCCGGUUCGAAAGAGCUGGAAAAUAAUGGACCGAA